GAGACUAUCGCUACGCUGUGGAAAGGGUAUGGCGAGAUAACGCGCAAGACUGCUGCAGACGGCUCUACAAGCAUUAUCAAACGCGUCAUGCUGCCCAAGGUUGACGACGAACCUGAUAAUCGAUCGGAUGAUUCUAUGCGGAAGCGCAUAUCGUAUCAAGUUGAGCGUCAUUUGUACAUAGAAAAUCCCAACGGGCAUGUUGGCCUUGCUAGGAUUGCAAAGUACAUCGACAGCGGCACUGACUUUCUCGAGAUGGAGGAUCUUGAGAAGUCUUUUCCGGUUACAAAGUCUCGGCCAUUGGAUCAUGAAAGUGCCAAACUGGUCCUUCGCUGGCUAGCACGCUUUCACGGCGCCAACUUUGGCUCUGAUGGAGAAGACGACCCCAAGGGCUUACGCAUCAUUCCAGCACCGAAUGCAAGAGAGAACGACCUCAGCCAUGUUGUACAAGAUGACAUCAAGGAGAGUGGCCGAAGCAAAGGCUUCAGUUACUGGAAGACUGGCACCUACUGGUAUUUGGACACGCGUCGGGCGGAAGCCAGGAACCUUCAGACCGAUGACAAUCCGCUGAAGGACUGGCUGAAUGUUCUGCCCGAUUUUAUCAAUCGGAAGUUGAAAGACAUUGGAGCUGACGGCAUGACCUUGAUUCACGGGGAUGUCAAAGCUGCCAAGGUUUUCUUCAACGCGGAAAAUACGGACGUGGCACUCUACGAUUUCCAGUAUUGUGGGUAUUCGACGCCCAUGCGCGAUGUUGCUGCAUUCUUGGUGACAUCUGUGGCUGACAUCAACGAGCAAAGUCUGGAUGUAUUGCUUCGCUAUUACCACGAACACCUGAUCACGGAGUCUGGGAGGGUUACGAAACAAUACACCUACGAGACCAUGUUGGAGCAUUACGAGCUCUGCGUCGUUGACUUUCAUCGAUUCAUGCUGAGCUGGGGCACUUGGGGUAACCAUCGGUAUGCUGCUCGCGUCGCAAAGAAAUGGAUCAACGAGCGCAGGGAGGAACUGAUUGACACAUUUAGAAACGGAUGG